AGAAGAUCCUUCUCCAGCGCUUCCAAGAAAACAAGCUGUUGUUAUCUAGUGGCGUAUCCUAUGCAUGUCAGGAGCCUGGAUGGUUCUGCCUCAUCUUUGCAGAAAACCAACCUCAACUAAAAGUGGGUGUUCCCUCUUCCUCAGAGUAAGUCCACAGCACCAACCUCCUGUUCAGGCUCAGCCUCCACCCAAGACAUGGAAAGUGGUUUUGGUGAUGGUCUGCAAAGAGAGUGCCUCAGAAAAGCAGAGCAGAAGCAGCCCAGACUCUAUGGAGUGGGUGACCCCACGGCCACGUUCUCCUCCGACAGCUCCUGCCUGUCUUCUAGAGGAAGAAUCAUCAAAUGGUUCUGGGACUCAGCUGAGGAGGGCUACAGGACCUACCACAUGGAUGAGUAUGAUGAGGACAAGAACCCCAGUGGCAUCAUUAACUUGGGCACCAGUGAGAACAAACUCUGCUUUGACCUUCUGUCCUGGCGGCUGACACAGAAUGACAUGCUUCAUGUGGAGCCAGCUCUGCUGCAGUACCCUGACUGGAGGGGACAUCUGUUCCUCCGAGAAGAAGUGGCAAGGUUCUUGUCUUUCUACUGUAAGAGCCCAGCACCUCUCAAACCAGAGAAUGUGGUUGUUCUGAAUGGCUGUGCCUCUCUCUUUUCUGCUCUGGCCACAGUGCUGUGUGAGGCAGGAGAGGCUCUCUUGAUCCCCACCCCUUACUACGGAGCCAUCACCCAGCAUGUCUAUCUCUAUGGCCACAUCCGACUGGCCUAUGUCUACCUGGACAGCGAGGUAACUGGACUGAACACACGCCCUUUCCAGCUCACCGUAGAGAAGCUAGAGACGGCCCUGCAGGGUGUUAAUUCUGAGGGUGUCAAGGUCAAAGGCCUCAUCCUCAUCAACCCCCAGAACCCUCUGGGUGACAUAUACUCUCCCGAAGAGCUGCAGGAAUUCCUGGGAUUUGCCAUGAGGCAUGAGCUGCAUGUGAUCAUGGAUGAGGUUUACAUGCUGUCGGUGUUUGAAGAGUCUCUUGGGUACCGCAGUGUCCUGAGCCUGGAAAGGCUGCCUGACCCCCAGAGGACACAUGUGAUGUGGGCCACCAGCAAGGACUUUGGGAUGUCUGGGCUUCGCUUUGGCGUACUGUACACAGAAAACCAGCAUGUGUCUACCGCCGUGGCCUCCCUCUGCCGCUAUCAUGGUCUCAGUGGUCUGCUCCAACACCAGAUGGCACAGCUGCUCCGGGACCAUGACUGGAUCAGCCAGGUGUACCUGCCAGAAAACCAUGCCCGGCUCAAGGCCGCCCACACCUAUGUCUCAGAGGAGCUCAGAUGCCUGGGGAUCCCCUUCGUGAGUCGUGGGGCAGGCUUCUUCAUCUGGGUUGACUUGAGAAAGUACCUGCGCAAAAGCACCUUUGAAGAGGAGGCGUCUCUUUGGCGCGAGUUUUUGGACAAUAAGGUUCUGCUGUCCUUUGGCAAGGCCUUUGAGUGCAAAGAACCCGGCUGGUUCCGCGUGGUCUUCUCAGACAAGGAGAACCGGCUGUGCCUGGGGAUGCAAAGGAUGCGGCAGGUGCUUGACAGGCAAUCUCAAAUGAUACAAGAUGCCUCACCCUGUCACACUCAGGAGCCACAGAGCCAGUCUGGAUGAGCAGGCCAUUGUCUCACAAGCAGCUGCUGUCCCUGUAACCGGGCCAUGUAAGGGCACAGAAGACUGAGUGUGGCUUUGGCCUUGAAGAACUGUUUCCUGCCUUCCCUGCUGGCAGUAUGCCUAUGUCCCUUCCAUUUAGACGGGAUCAUCCUGAUAUUCAUCCUGGGCUGUUGUUUCCCCUGUUCAACAGGAUUGGGACCAGCCAGGUGACUGUAUUGUGAAUAGUGUACAGUAAGGGGCAGUCAUGACUGCUUGUAAUCACAGCUCCCUCCUAGGACACAAGAAUAAACAAGUAACUGUUCAUUUUUG